UAUGUGUGCAUAAUGUUCCAUUUAAUGCUUCACACUGACAUCAUCUUCUUCACUUCUAACCUGUGUGGGUAAUUCCACAGAAUUAAGCUAAAAUGGCAAAUCUCAAGAAAACAUUCUUUUUUUUAUUGACUUUGUGUUGUCUCUCUUGACUGACAGUCUACAAUCAGAAAGGUAUAUCAAACUAAUAUCAUGGUGAAAAUAGUCUUGAAGGGCUCAUAAUGAUUCUCGAGGUCACGCUCCUGCAGUCCUCAUACCCACUCCAUCACACUGUGUUUGUGUAGCUGGUCCCAUAUGCAGUCUAAUACUGCAGCCUUUUGAUAGGGAGCGCGCUUCCAAAUUUACCCACACGCUGCGCUCGCCCCAUGUACCUUAAAAAGCGCGUACACAGCUGAAGGUCACUCAAACACAAAAGGCUUUCAGCGCUGCGGUCCAAUAUAGCGCAUGCGUGCUGCCGGAGGUCUGUUUCACAGACCGCAAUAUGGCGAGAAUGCCUGCCAGCGGAGACACAGACCAUGAGCAGAUGAGUUCUGAGAAGAGCAGGGAUGAGGACAAUGAGGAUAGAGAUGAAGAUGAUAUCCAGGAGGUCCAGAUCAUGGGAGACGAGGACGAGGAUUCUGACAGAGAUGGUGUGGAGCAGGAGUGGGAGUCAAGGAGCGCAGUACUGGACUCCAGCACUUCCGCAGCGGGAACACAGGCGGUCGUUAUGCGGAGUGUGGACCGAGGAGAGGAGGAGGGAGAGGUAGACCCCUUCAGCUGCAGCAUCCCCGCUGGACUGGAGUCUCACUUGGAAGGGGACCUCCAGCGGUCAGAGCGGAACAGGCUGAGCGAGAACACUCGCCUUGCCACCCGGUAUGCGGUGAGGAUCUUCAGGGAGUACCUCAGUGAGAAAGCUCAAAGUCCAGACUUUGAAACUCUGGACAAGGAGGCACUCUGUGCAGUCCUGCGCUCCUUUUACGCCGAGGCGCGCUCCAAAAGUGGACAGUUGUACAGCAAGUCGUCCCUCAUCAGCAUUCGGAGCUCGCUGAACCGGUACCUAAACGAACCGCCCUAUUGCCGUACCUUGGAUCUCACCAAAGACCCUGAACUGCGCAGCGCUAAUCUGACCCUGGCCGCGGUCAUCCGUAGGCUGGAAGAACAAGGCGCAGGUCCGGUGGUGCAGAAGCAAGCAAUCACGCGCUCGGACCUGCGGAAAAUGUAUGAGUCCUCUGUGUUUAACACCGACACGUCAUUCGGGCUGCUCAAUAAAGUCUGGUUCGAGACUUGCAUGUAUUUCUGCACCAGGGGCCGGGAGAACCAGCGAGAGCUAGAAGAGGACUCGUUCGGCCUGGCCAUGGAUGAGGAUGGCAGAAAGUUUGUCUAUUUUAAAGCUCUCGGACCCUACCAUAAGUCCCGCUCAACCGCUUGGACCAAAAAGCGUCCGGACUCCGAUGAGGACACCCUGCCGCGCAUGUAUGAGACCGGCACCGAACAGUGUCCGUACGCCAGCUUCGUUCGGUACGUGUCCAAACGGAACCCGCUCUGCAGGGCUUUCUUUCAGCGGCCCCGAGACCACUGCUGCGCGAGCGACGUGACGUGGUAUGAGAACAAAGCCAUCGGUAAGAACCUGUUGGGCACGAGGAUGCAGAUGUUGUCGCGCGCUGCCAAGCUCUCCAAAACCUAUACCAACCACUGUAUCGGUGCCGUCUCUAUAGCAACGCUUAACAGCAUCGUAGGCGCCGCAGGCUCCAGGCCGAAGACGACGCUGUAUGUUGCCACGGAAACGGCAAACGGUCACGCGCAGUCCCACAUUCAGCUCGUGAUCCCGUACCAAUGUGAGGUUACAGAUGAUACGGAUCUGAAGGCGAAGAAAAUAGAGAAAGAACCCCUAUUGACAAUUAACACACCAGCAAAAACAGCGAGCAGAGCCAGCACCGCAGAGGAACCGGGGGCUCCGUGUACGAAGAAGCUGUGCGUGCGACUCGGGACACGCGCGGACUCGCCGGUGGAGCUAAACGAAAAAGAGCCAAUGUCUGCCAAAACCAAGAAACUCUAUAUGAAUUCUAAGUCUCCUGUCGAGUCUUUAGCCUCCGUACCCGAACAGGUAACAACAAAGAUCACAUCUCUGCUUCAACAAAUCUGUAGUGUCAGUGUGUUUGCAGCAUUUGAAAAGUUUGAUGCAUCUGUAGGCUAUAGUUUGUAAAGAAUAAAACCUUUAUUUAGACGACUCAUCUGUCUGUUUUUGUCCAUCGACACAUUAGUGCUUAAGAAGACAAUGUUUCUUGCAGCUGAAUAUGGUGAGCUAGAGCAGUUUCCUUGUGAACUGAAGUAAGAUAAUCCAUCAGCCUCACUCAAUUCAGUUGAAAACUUUCAAAGGAUGUUUUUUCAUUGAACCUGUCUGACUUGACUCAGUUGACUUUUGUCAGUUGCAGUAUUCAUAAUAUUGCACUUGCCACACAUGCUUGUAACUACGAUUGCCCCUAAACUGCCACUCCUGUAUGUCUCUAUGUGCUUUGUGUCCCAGGACAGCCGUGGCAGCGGCAUCAGCAGUACGUCAAUUCAGCAGAUGGUCUCGGUGUCUCCUGUGUCUCCUCUGGGCCAAGUAGGCAUCCCUACACCAGCUAAGCUUACCAAAAUCAAUGCACCUGUCCACAUAGAUGUGGGAGGACACAUGUACACCUGCAGCUUGGCCACACUCACUAAGUACCCAGACUCACGGUGAGAUACACACUCCACUUUGCAACUAGAAAAGUGAACUCAAGUUUCAGUCAAAUAUAUUUAAGACUGUGUUGGUGUGUAGUGUAUCAGAGAGGAGGGAAAGCAUUGUGUGUGUGUGUGUGUGUGUGUGUGUGUGUGUGUGUGUGUGUGUGUGUGUGUGUGUGUGUGUGUGUGUGUGUGUGUGUGUGUGUGUGUGUGUGAGAGAGAGAGAGAGAGAGAGAGAGAGAGAGACAGAAGAAAGAACAUUUUUAAUACACCAUGAAAAAUUAAUGCUGGAUGCAUUAAGGUCCCUUCUCUUGUAAAGACUCAGUGGACCUGGGGGAGUCAAUAACCCCCCAGAAAGUCCCUAACACAGACUGUAUAUACAAUCUAUGGUCCCUGGACAGAGGGUAAUUACCAGGGGUAAUAUUUGAAAGAGAAGAAGGAACUCUCUGUGAUUGGACAUGCAACAUUUCCUCAAUACUAUAAGCAAAUAUCAUCAGCAUUUAAGAGGCAGCAGUGACUUAUUUGGCCUCUUCUCCAACAAACAGCAUGUUUGUCACUAUAAUGAAAGAUGUGGAAACAGAGGUUUUAAAAGCAAACAGCCCACAUGAUGCUUUUUCGAUGCUUUAUUGCUGACUUAGACCAGGCUGUUUUUUAGCCUGGCUGGGCCAUCCUGUUGCGUGAAUCACUUGCCGUUCCUUCCCACCCUGUUGUGGGAAGGAAGCCAGGCUAGCUGUUUUUACCCCUGACAAUGAUGCUGUAAAAAUGCAGUGAUUGUGAGGAAAUAUCACUGACGAUGGUGCUUAUCCAGGACAUUAAAAAAAAUAGUAUUACAAUCUAUCAAGGUCUGGGACCUUGUAAGAACAGACAGAAGAAGGUGAAAGAACAGGUAGACUCAUGAAUCUCUCCUUCUACAGUCUCCAGUAUUUGAUUAAGAAGCCACACUGUCUCUGUCUUUUUUCCCAGAAUUGGUCACUUGUUUAAUGGAACUGAGCCCAUUGUGUUGGACAGUCUAAAGCAGCACUACUUCAUCGAUCGAGACGGCCCCAUGUUCCGCUACAUCCUUAACUUCCUCCGCACCUCAAAACUCCUCAUUCCUGAUGACUUCAAAGUGAGUGUCUGUCUAGAGCUUGGAUCAGGUACUACUACAGUUUAUAACAGAUGUACUGUACCGAAUCAGGACAAACAAACCAAGAUCACUUCCAGAAACUAGCUGAGGAAUUACUUUGAGAGAAAACAGCGUUAGGUAUGACUCUAACUCUAAUGUCAAGAUUACUGUGUUUCAACUGAGUAUGCUUUCAGUUUACUUUUUUCAGAGAUAUAUUUAACAAAGUCAAUGUUAAGUAUACUUGGCUUGUACUAAGAAUUAUACUAAAAGUCUAAAUAUAUUUAACCUAUACUUAUACAUAAACUUUUGAUCAAGAUAUAGUGAUAUGCAGAUAGUCGAGUGGAUUAAGGCACACCUCAUGUUGUCUCCGCUGUGGUCACGGGUUCGGAUCCUGUCCUGACCAUUUGCUGCAUGUCAUACCCCCAUCUCUCUAUCGCUCACAUUGCCACUCCUACCCACUGAAGGCAAACCCCCCCCCACAACAACAAAAACAUAGUUAAUAUAAAAAGGUAUGCCUUAGAGUGUACUUUUAUAAACUAAAGUGGAGACUAGAAGUUUAUUACUAGUGAACUAAGUACAUUGAUAGUAUAUAGAUUAGUGCACUUGUAUACUUUAAAGUAUACUUUUAUAAACUAAAAAUGUUCCAAUUUAGUCAAAAGAAGUAAUAGGUGAGUAUACUUUGUAGUACAUUAAAAGUACAUGGUCGGUAGUAUACUUGAUAUACUUAUACUCAAGCAUACUUAAUAAAAUGAACUUACAGUAUACUACUUUUUGCUAGGGGUAAAUACAUGCUAACACACACAAGUUGAUCUACCAACAGAGUGCAGCGAGGAUAGCUUCUUUCAAAUGUACAAAAUAACUAAGGUCCAUUUCACAUGUUCACCUUGGUGAAUAUUCAGUGUGUUUUGUUUCUACCCUGGUGUGCAAAAUACAGGGAGGAACAAUGCAGAGAAGUGAAUUGAGCACACGCUUUAUGAUUUACCAAGACUAAGGACAGUUUCUGUGAUUUUGACUGCAUGUAAACAUAACAUCUUUGCAAGGAAGGUGCAAAUCGGCGUGCUCACUUACUAAUACCUGUGAUUAAGCUGAAUUUUACUUUGCACCAGCUGCCCUAAUUUAAAUACUACCUCUUCCACAGUCUUUGCACCUGACGUCAUAUGGGAUAUACCAGCAACUGUACUGGUUAUGUGGGAUCUCUGUAAAUCAGGUCCAAAGACUCCAUAUCCUGUAUUUUAUUACACUGUUUUCUUAAUGAUUCUUAAAGGGAUAUUCCGGCAUAAAAAAUAGUUUAGGGUCAAACACAGCAUAACACCACGUCAGACACCCCCUCAAGAGAUAAAUGUUGCUGACUGCUUGCUUCUCUAGUUACACCAGUUUUAGUAACGAACACAGAAUAGGAAUACACAGCAGUUUGAGGAGCCAUAAACAAACCUCAACCAAAACCCCACUCUAUAGCCACUAAUAAUGCUCAGAACUGCACAUAACUUCAUCAACAGUACAUGUAGGGUCCCAGCUAUAGUAUUGGCCACCAAACAUCUUUUUAACUUUGCCUAAUUUCUUUAGCAAAGAGACUAAACACAACUCACCCACUCUUUUCCAGCAGCCGCUUGUUUGACUUCAGGACAAUCCAUUACGGACUACAGCAGGGUGAAACAGCUCAAGGAAGAACAUUUAUGAUCAUUUCUUCAUGGAAAUGCAAUCAGACCGAGACGCUAAGGCAGAAAAACUACCGCGUCUGCAGUGCAAAAUGAUUCAUAUGGUGAUUAUUACUUCAAGGAAAUAAUAAAGAAAUGAUCAUAAAUGUGAUCAAGGGUGCUAUUUUGAGCAUUAUUUGUGGCUACAGAGUGGAAUUUUGGUUGAGGUUUGUGUAUGGCUCCUCAGACCGCUGUGUAUUGCUAUUGUGCAGUUGUUGCUAAAGUUGGUAUAGCAAGUGUUCUGCAACAUUCAUCUCUUGAGGGGUUGUCUAACUCAGUGUUAUGGUGUGUUUGACCCUAAAUUAAUUUUACACCAGAGUGUCCCUUUAGCGCUGAGGUAAAAGUUCUGGUCAAAACUGUAGCUUUGCCUUCAGAGGAGGUCUUGCCCAGAACUGUAUCAGCACAGUUUUGCCCCACUUUUGUGCUGCAAGGCUGUCUAUAUUGACAAAGACAGUCAAAGAAAUCCCCAGACUUGUGGAUUGAGUCAUGACCAUAGACUGUAUAUACUAUGAACAUCUUGGCUCCUCCUUCUGUCAUUAUACAAAUUUGAAGCCGAAUUGCUCUCGGUAUUUCUGUGAUUUUCCCCACUUCCUGGAGCCACCACUUACGCAGUAGCGUUGUAUACAUAUGUGAGUGUCAAUCAUAGAAAACAUGAACCUUCGAAUAACUUUUAAAAAUGAAGCUGCACAGAAAAAAUAGGACUUGAGCACAAACCAGUCUUACAAUAACUACAUGUCAACAUCACAACCAGGGGGGAGAAAAAUGUAUAUUCUGUGUAAUUAAUUUCUUAAGUUUGUCCACAACUCCAUAAGGUUUGCUGGAGGAGGUGGAAUUUAUGACCUAUACUGCAGCCCAUCACCGGAGGGUGCUGUUCUUGCAGUGGCUUUAUCCAGCAAGGAGGCAGGAGGCAUUCUAUAUACAGUCUAUGGCCAUGAUCUUACCAGUAUGUGAGGAAAAAAACAGUGAUUAUUUUCUAGAGUGCACUCCCAGGAGCUGUGUAUCUGUGCGAACGUAAAUCUAAUAUCAGUUUUUGAGCCAUUCUCUGUCUGCAUUUGUUACCUCUGUCAUUGCUUAAAUUUAGGUCUCCAGGCUUCAUCCUCGUAUAGGACAUGCCCUUUCUGUAUGUAUAUUUGUAGGACUACUCUCUGCUGUAUGAAGAGGCCAGUUUCUUUCAGCUGGCACCUCUGCAGACUGAGCUGGAGCGCUGGAGGACAGAGCGGGAAUCGGGUGGGCUGUGUGUGGAGUUUGAGUGUGUCAUGAUUCAUGUGGCUCCAGAGCUUGGAGAAAGGAUCAGUGUGAGCGGCCAUCGGGCUGUGAUCGAGGAACUUUUUCCAGAGGUCAGAGACAUCAUGUCCAAUAAUCUUCACACCAGCAGGCACCAGGACUCUGCAUAUAUAACUCGUUUCCCUCUCAAUGGCUACUGUCACCUCAACUCUGUUCAGGUAUAAAACACACUAAAUUCAUUACCAACCUUUCAGCAGACAGCGAGAUGUGACUGAACUGUUUACUCAGAGUCAGAUUCCCAUGACCCAGAGUCCUCUAUGUUAGACCAACCAUUCAACGGCUCUGUCUGUUCUUAUUCUUGCAUCUUAUUAAAUUGCCCUUGGCACCAAAGUGAAGGCAUGUAUCAGCGUACACAUGCUCACAUUAUGGAGAACUGUGAUGAGAGGAUUACAGUUCAGCUGUAUCCUCUGCAGCAACGCUUCUCAAUGUGGCCGUGCAAAACAGUUUUAUGGGAAACCAAAGAGCAUGAGUACUGUUAUGACAGGGCUGAUGUCAAAGGGGAGCUUAUCCAACCACAAGAGCCCUAAAAAGCUUUUCAGUUUCCUAAGCAGGUUCUUGUGUCCCUCUUGUGUCAGGGAAGUAAAGGCCUGAAGCCCUGGAAGCGUAGUAGGCUGCAGAAGACCCUGUGUUUCCACAGCUAACCCAAUACGUCUAAGAUGGUAGUUUUCUGUUAAUUAGCCCCUCUAUGAACUAAAAAAAAGAUGACCUUCAAAUAACCUGACACACUGUGUUACUGUCAGCCCCUCUUCUAUCUAAAGUGUAUCAGAGGGUCAGUAUACAGGGACAGAGGACAAAGAGAUAAUUUCAUAAUGUUCACACACACUACAGUAGAACAAUGAGGGAGAAAAACUUCUGAAUGGAAGUGUUUCAGGCUGGACAGGCUGAGUGUGAGAUGGAUCUUUUUUUUUAAGAGACAAAUAAAAGAUCUCAGACUCAGAGGGGGUUUGUCCAGUUUGGUUUUAGACCAGUUUCAGGUGUUGGUCAUGAUAUGAUGGCGUGUUACCAAAAGCAAACAUUCUCCAGAUCCACACAGUGUCUUAAAAAUAAAGCGUGAAACAUUUCCCUGGCUUUUUUCCAGUAUCAAUAAUUAUUAAUUAUUAACUUCAGAAAUGUCAUUAUAUGGUCUUGUCAAAUUUCAUUCUGAUGUUUGUGGUCUCGUUUUGUGUGUAACUGCAGGUGUUGGAGCGAUUACAGCAAAAAGGGUUCUGGAUCACAGGCUCAUGUGGAGGUGGAGCCGACUCUUCCCAGUUUAGUGAGUAUAUUCUACAGAGGAAGGGAAGAGACAGCCAAAAGCUUCCUACACUCAUCAGGAUCAAACAGGAAUUUAUGGACUAACAUUGAGGAGAUCAAAAAUCCUUCAGUUCUUGGUUUUGCACACAUAUCAGUACGUGCAUCUGUGCAAUGUUUGGAGAGAUUUGAAUGAACAAGAACAGCUUCCCCUCAGCAUUGCAUUUCCCAUUAACUGCUCACACAUGCAAGCAGCCUCCAAAGCUGCUCUGAGGUAAAUACAUUGAUGAUUCGACGGUGUAUUUUUCUGGGUAUUCUUCUUGCAGCUGCACUGUUCACUUCAGACGAUGUGAUCCGAGUAAAAUAAUGAUUCAGGGAUUUAUCCGUUCUUUCCUAAUUUUGGGGCACACUUGCACAAGUAUUUCUGCUCAUAUUAAAUAUAUAGACAGCUAAAGAUGUGCUCUAUGAAUACAAUCUUUCAUCAUGGCGCAUAUUAUGGAAUAACUGUGUUGAUGUAAUCAAGAGAAGUCAGUGGAGGAAGUAUAGAUAGAUAACACAAAGAGAUGCUCUAGUCUUCUGUUUUGGCUUAAAUUAAAUACAGUUUGAUACUUCAAGUCAAUGAUAAAGUAAUGUUAAUUGUCACUACCAUAAAAUAAUCCCACUUCCUUGGUAACUGGUCACCCUAAUGAGAAAUCACAGGGAGGUUAGCUGUGGUGUGAUUCUGCUGGCAGCCUGCUGGUGCACUGUGUUGUCAUAUUUGGGAAGACCUUAAAUAACUAAAUAAAAUAAAUAAGAAAUAAAAAAGGAGUCUGUGUGUAAUCAUAAUAAUCUGUGAUAGUGUUGUAGAUUACCUGCAGUGAACUUCUGCUGCCCCCCAUGCAGGCUAACCCUUUAUAACAAAUACUGGCCAGUCUUCUGCUUUACUUUCUACUGAUUGUAUGCUUUUGAGAUCUUCAUUCCUUGUCAUGUUCAGACAGGACUCGACUCUGAAGGUGAUGCUUAGUGCUCUGUGUACCAAAAAAAUGAACUUCCUAUCAAAACUCAGCAUAAAAACAAUAGCAAGGAUGGAGAAGGGUUGACUUUAACAUUAAAAUGAAUAUACAGUGGUGUGAAAAAGUGUUUGCCCUCUUCCUGAUUUCUUAGUUUUCUGUUUUUUGCAUGUUUGUUUGUCACACUUAAGUUUCACAUCAUCAAACAAAUUUAAAUAUUAGUCAAAGAAAACACAAGUGAACACAAAAUACAUUUUUUAAAUUAAGGUUUUUAUUAUUAAGGAAGAAAAAAAUUUAAAACCUACAUGGCCCUGUGUGAAAAAGUGAUUGUCCACACCUGUUCUCAAUCAAGGCUUUACUUAAAUAGGACCUGCCUGAUAAAGUGAAGUAUACCGAAAGAUCCUCAAAAGCUACACAUCAUGCAGAGAUUUAAAGAAAUUCAGGAACAAAUGAGAAAGAAAGUAAUUGAGAUCCAUCAGUCUGGAAAAGGUUAAAAGGCCAUUUCUAAAGCUUUGGGACUCCAGCAAACCACAGUGAGAGCCAUUAUUCACAAAUGGUGAAAACAUGGAACAGAGGUGAACCUUCCUAGGAGUGGCUGGCAAACAAAAAUUACCCUAAGAGUGCAGCAAGUGACUCAUCCAAGAGGUCACAAAAGACCCCACAAAAACAUCCAAAGAACUGCAGGCUUCACGUGCCUCAGUUAAGGUCAGUGUUCAUGACUCCACCAUAAGAAAGACACUGGGCAAAAGCAGCCUGCAAGGCAGAGUUCCAAGAUGAAAACCACUGCUGAACGAGAGGAACAUUACGGCUCGUCUCAAAUUUGUCAGAAAACAUCUUUAUGAUCUCUGAGACCUUUGGGAAAAUACUCUGUGGUCUGAUGAGACAAAAGUGUUUUUUGUGGAAAGUGUGUGUGAGGAUUUUGAGUUUAUGCAGCAGUUGGGGUUCCUGUGUUCCUCUCCUCUGUGUGUGUUCUCCCUCGUUCUCUCUCUCUGCAGCGCUGGAGGCAUGGCGGGAGGCGGGGCUGGCCUGGACUGAUUGCACGCACCUGAUUCUUGUUGGUGUCAAUUACCUGGCUUUAUAUGCCAGCUCCUCUGUCAGCUCGGAGCCGGAUGAUUAUCCAGUCAUGCAACACUUGUCUUGCCAUGCCGAGCUCCCUGUUCUCCCGCCCGUGUAUCCAGCCUGCCUCUCAGCGUUUAUUUGUGAGUUCUUUUGUUACUUUCCUGAGAUUUUUUCCCUUGAAGCAAAGGUGAUUUUGUGUUUGUGUGUUUUCCUCCAGUUGAGAAGAUUUUUGGUUUACAAUUUCCGUUGCACUUUGUCUUUUUAUACUCCCUUAGUUGUUACUUGCCCCACGUGGCACUAUCAUUUGAACUUUGUUUUUCACCAGCUAUUUGCCUUGCUGCAGUGACUUUUUUUCUAACUCUGGUUUUGCGUUUGUUCGAUUCCUAACAGUGUGUGUCCUAUUACAUCUGGGGUCCGUUUCACGUAGCAGGUUUAGUGGAAACUCCGAGUUUGUUAACCCUGAAAUCAGGGAAACUCUGAGUUUUCCGUUUCACAAAGGAGGGUUAGUUAAACCAGGGAGAGAGGGGUAACUCUAACCUGUUUCACAAAGAGAGGUAACUCAACCUCGCGGUCAGUUACCACAGUAACAGACUCCGUGAACCUAACCUGCUCGGGAGCAGGUUUAACUCAGUAAACCCAGAGUUUCAGGUGAGACAUCGGCAUUUUCUCAUUUCGAUCAUGUUUUACAUUGUCAACUAAGUAUUAAGUGACAGUUUGAUCCCUUAAAAAAUGCUCUUUUCACACUCAAAACUGAAUUUUACUCUCUUA